AUGGACUCAAUUCAAUCUGAUGUUCUGGACUACUUUCUAGAGCGUAGCACAAGGGUGUACAAGGAUGCUAAUCAAUAUGCCACCGACCUUGACAAGUCUUUCAAGAGUUUAACCCAUGAGCAACAGUCUCAGUUUUCUGAUCAGGAGACUGACGUAGUCAUCUUUGGUGGACUUGAGGGAAGAGUAGAUCAAGCUCUAUCGCAACUUCACAAGCUUUAUGUCUUGGCCGAGUCUAAAGCGCCUGGUGUUGAGAACAUUUAUCUCGUCACUGCUACAAGCAUCGUAAUGGUGGUGGAGCGAGGCUCGCACAAGUUUUGGCUGCCUCUCGGCCAGGGGUAUUUCACGAAAAAUGCUGGCAUUGUUCCGUUGGGUAGACCUGCAAGGUUGCACACCAAUGGAUUUGAAUGGGACUUGAAAGAUGCAGAACUUGAAUUCGGUCGUAUUAUUUCAACAAGUAAUUACCUACGCGAGAAGAAUAUUGAGAUUGAGACAAGUGAACCUGUCGUCUUCUCAGUAGAAUUUGAUGAUCUCCCGCAAUGA